AUGCACUUGAAUUCCAGAGCUUGUUUCAUCUUCAUCCUACUGAGAUUUCUAUCAAUCUCGUAUGUUGCUACCCUACCUGUCGAGCCUGGCUUACAGCUGAAUUCAAAGCCUUCACCACUCGUUGUCCACGGUGAACGCUUCCCAAUUUUCAAGUUAACAGCCGUAGUCAAAUACGUUAAAACACCUUAUCAGUGGAAAGGGCAUAUACCUUCUCUAGUGCAUAGUAAUCCACUGCUGGGCGAUAUUCGCAAUUUGAUCGAAGCGGAAAUCAGAGCCAGUAAAGCAGUACAGGCUCUACAUGCAGAAGAAGUCGUGGUUAUGUUUCUCUCCAAGGGACGACCUCCGAGAUUUGACAAUAAUACACAUGACUUUGGAUUCCAUGUUCGAUACUACGACGGAAGGCAUCCGGAAGCUGUUUCUAGCUGCGAAAAUGGAAAAUUGACUUUUUUACCCAGACAGAAAGAUGAUGAAGUCAAUUCUGUUGUCAUGAAAGAGCAAUCUCUCGACUCCACUUGGCGGUAUAUGCAACAUUUCUAUCCCAUGUUACAGCCUUCCCCCUCAGCCAAGAAACCUCUCAACCCGGCAGCCUAUGCUUUUGAUCCAGCGAAGCAACCUGAAUCUCCAUAUGAUUUGAAGGUGGAAUGGCAUUGA